AUGCCCUUCGGCAGCUUUCGCUUAGCGGGUUUCCCCGCGCUGUCCUCGAGUCGAGCUGCUCGCUGCUCCGCUUGCUUUGGCGCGAUAGUAUAUGAAGGCCAAGACAAGAACCCAGAAAUGUGCCGAGUUCUGCUCACGCAUGAAAUAAUGUGCAGCCGCUGUUGUGACAAGAAAAGCUGUGGCAACAGAAAUGAGACUCCAUCAGAUCCGGUGAUAAUUGACAGGUUCUUCUUGAAAUUUUUUCUCAAAUGCAACCAAAAUUGCCUAAAAAAUGCAGGAAACCCCCGAGACAUGCGUCGAUUUCAGGUUGUGGUGUCUACAACAGUCAAUGUUGAUGGCCAUGUGUUGGCAGUGUCGGACAAUAUGUUUGUACACAACAAUUCCAAGCACGGGCGGAGAGCUCGAAGACUCGAUCCCUCGGAAGCUACACCAUGUAUCAAAGCCAUCAGUCCAAGUGAAGGAUGGACUACAGGAGGUGCCACUGUCAUCAUCAUAGGAGACAAUUUCUUUGAUGGGUUACAGGUCAUAUUCGGCACCAUGCUGGUUUGGAGUGAGCUGAUUACUCCUCAUGCCAUCCGAGUGCAGACACCUCCCCGACAUAUUCCGGGGGUUGUAGAAGUCACAUUGUCCUACAAGUCUAAGCAGUUCUGCAAGGGAACGCCUGGAAGAUUCAUUUACACAGCUCUGAACGAACCCACCAUUGACUAUGGUUUCCAAAGGUUACAGAAGGUUAUCCCCCGGCACCCUGGUGACCCCGAACGCUUGCCAAAGGAAGUAAUACUUAAGAGGGCUGCUGAUUUAGUAGAAGCACUCUAUGGUAUGCCACAUAAUAACCAGGAAAUAAUCCUGAAAAGAGCAGCAGACAUCGCAGAAGCCCUCUACAGUGUUCCCCGCAAUCACAACCAGCUCCCCGCCCUUGCUAACACGUCAGUCCAUGCAGGAAUGAUGGGAGUGAAUUCCUUUAGUGGUCAACUAGCUGUCAAUGUUUCCGAAGCCUCACAGGCCACCAAUCAGGGUUUUACUCGCAACUCAAGCAGCGUGUCACCUCAUGGCUAUGUGCCAAGCACCACCCCUCAGCAGACAAAUUAUAAUUCUGUCACAACAAGCAUGAAUGGCUAUGGGAAUGCUGGAAUGUCAAAUUUAGGUGGUUCUCCAACCUUCCUGAAUGGAUCUGCUGCCAAUUCUCCCUAUGCCAUUGUGCCAUCAAGUCCAACAAUGGCCUCUUCCACUAGCCUCCCCUCAAACUGUAGCAGUUCCUCUGGGAUUUUCUCCUUCUCACCAGCCAACAUGGUCUCAGCAGUGAAACAGAAGAGUGCUUUUGCGCCUGUUGUGAGACCGCAAACUUCUCCUCCUCCCACCUGCACCAGCACCAACGGCAAUAGCCUGCAAGCUAUAUCUGGCAUGAUUGUUCCCCCCAUGUGAAAGAAUUGCCUUGAAGAAUUUUAUUAAUGAAGAGGUUGAAUUCUGCUUCAGAGAGAAUCUGAUACAAGUCCCAGAGUGGAACUUUUAACUCAGGCCUUUUUAAAAAAAAAAAAAAAAA